AUGAGUACGGCUCCUCCAAGACAUAUACAGAAUGACCUCAGCACUCUAUUAAGACGAGAACCUGCUGAUAAAGAUUCCAUUGAACAUAAAGACUGGGAGCUGGCCUAUUUAAAGUUGCAAUUGGAGAGAUCCAGACUGACAGUGAGAAUUGUGCGAGAUGGCAAAAACAAACAAAUAGCAGAAAUGAAAAGAGCAUCGACUUGCUCAAUAGAAUCACUACGUCAAUCAAUGAAGCAUGAAAUGGAUCAAAUCGAAAGAACAUUUACAAAUCAAUUGGCGCAUCAGACAGCUGAUAUUGAGAGAUUGAAGCAUUUAUGUAACCACUAUAGAGACCUAGUAUCUUUUCAUCAAGCAGCCAGUAAUGGAGACGCAGUGGUGGAUAAGUUGAGCAUCAAAAUAGACGAACUGGAAACCCACAUCGACAAUCAGAAUGGCAUCAUUCAAGAGCUGGAAGAUGCUGUUGUUGAAUUGCAGACCAAGAACUUGCAAUUGACGUCGAAUGUGUCGAAAACUAGCCAAGUUGACAAGGAUAAGAUGGAUAUCUUGAUGAGAGAGAAUCAAGAACUGCAAUGCAAAAUGGAUGCCCAGGAUAACAAGAUACUGAAGUUAGAGUCUGCAAUUGCUGAUUAUGUCCAGAGGGAAAGGACACUGAUAGCACAAAAUGACUCGCUUGCCAAAGAAAACCUAGAGCUCAUUGCCAAAUGUCGAAAAUUACAUGAGCAGGUGGGCUCCACUGCAAAACCAACCUUUAAAGCAAAGACUGUAUACCAACGAAAGCCCAAUUUGACACAAAAGUCAUUGAAUACAAUGUUCCACGAUCAAGCAUCAUCAUCUACAGCAUCUUCGCCUGCAUCAACGCAGUCAGCGCCAUCUCCAAGUGUAUCCACUACCACACAUACAGCAGUUACAGCAACAACAUCUACCACAACAUUUACCAAUACUGAAACAUCCAGCGAGAAUACCAGCAAAAUACCUUUAAAGCGACCUUUAUCGACCACACUAUCAGACAAGACAAACAGCAAAGUUCCAGUGCUGACACGAGACACCAAAGAAAAGGGUGAUGCUGUGAAAGUAAAGCAAGAGCAAGUUGAUCUUGAUUUAACCACGGCGACCGAAAAUGUGCCAGAUCAGGUUACUCAUAUAACUAAAGAUACCUCAGCAAUCAGAAAGAAGCCAAAAAACAACACUUCUGUUACGACUGCAUCAACAUUCCCCGUGCGACAAACAGCAAGGCCUACAUCUGCUCCAACCACACCCGCUUCUUUCACAACUUGCAAUGCCAGUCAUCGCAGAGGUAGAAGCAACAUGAUAGGAGGGACCUGUACAGCAUGUGUUAACUUUUACGGUACCGAGACAAUCACGGCAAACAUUGAUGGGCAGCAGUUGGAAUUGACAGGAGAAGAUCGCAUUCAACACAAUUCCAGACACAGACACCAUCGCAAUCAACGUUCCAACACCCCACCCGGCUUCUGGGAUCUGGAUUUCCAGACACCUGAAAGACCUUAG